AUGAAAGAAAACUGGAUGUACUUUAUUUUUUUCGUUUUGAAUCUCUUUCCGUCAGGAACUGAUGGAACUUGUACUCUACCCUCCAGUCAAUGGGACGGAACAUGGUAUGACAGUUUCUCUAGUAGCAUAACAAUAACAUACUCAUCACAGAAUGUGGUUGGCUGGCCCGUGCAAGCAUACAGUUCACCAGUGUCGUCAUGGACAUGCGUACUGCAGGAUACUUCAAACAAUUACCUUGUUUUCAGAGGAGAUCAAAACGUAGACCUGUUCGGAGCACCCCAGAACUCGUACUUGUGUGUAAGAUGGCAUAAAGUUACAGAUUACUCAUACUACUACUAUUUUAUGUACGAUGAGGAAGUAAAUGCUGCAGGCAUGAGGGUUUACAUUGAAGACGCAACGAUUGCUUUAUCUACCACCGCGAAAUAUUGUAUUUCCGGUCCGGGAACUGAGGAGUACCAUAUGAUGGUUAAAUCAGGUCACGAGGAGACUGCUCGGCAGUUCGUUCCUGUGGAUCUAAUGGGAACAUUCACCUACGCAUAUACCAGCAGCAGUGGCGCCACCUCGUGUUCCUCAAACAGCCAAUGGGAUAUGUGUGUCAAUCGAACAAUGAUGUCAUUCGACUAUACAAAAUGUUCCACGAUUGUAGCCUUUACACAGGAAGGGGCACUGAACUGCGUAAACUACUUAACCAACGGUGUGAUCUCUUACGUUUCGGCUCUCAACAAUGGCACUGUUGACAACGUCAGUUACUUCCGGUUUACCUGCUUUGCCGUUCAGAUAUCGGGUACAAACACAGAACUGAGCAUUAAUAGUGGAAGUUGCGCUAAAGGACAAUCUCCAACUGUAGCUCCCACUGCUGGCGGGAAAGCAACUCUAACUCCAGAUGUCCUGUGUCGUCCAUGUGACCCUGACCCCUGUCAGAAUGGAGGCACGUGCACUUACGUGGGCGUAGUUCACACGUGUUCCUGCCCGGCUGGUUAUGGAGGAACUAAUUGUGACCAGAUAGAUCCUUGCACUUUGACCUCUCCGUGCCAAAACGGCGCCACGUGCAACAAUCCGUCAUCAAACGUCUAUACUUGCACGUGCCCCACGGGUUACAGUGGAACAGAUUGCGAAAACACACUACCGUGUGAUCUCGGAACGCCCUGUCAGAACGGUGGAACAUGUCAACCAGUAGGAUUUAAUUACACCUGCGCAUGUGCAACCGGAUACAGCGGGACGAAUUGUCAAUCAUCAGAUCCUUGUGUUCUGACGUCACCUUGUCAGAAUGGCGCCACGUGCACCAACCCUUCGUCCGGAACUUAUACGUGUACAUGUGUCAAUGGCUAUAGUGGAACAGAUUGUGAAAAUAAACUACCGUGUAUCAUCGAUCUCCCAUGUCAAAACGGCGGCACUUGUCAGCCGUCUGGAUUUACUUACACGUGCGCAUGCGCAUCAGGAUACAGUGACACUAAUUGUACUUACAAAGACUCCUGUGUCGUUGACGCUCCUUGCCAGAAUGGAGCAACAUGUUCCAACCCAUCAUCCGGUACAUAUACGUGUUCAUGUGCUUCCGGUUACAGUGGCGGAAACUGCGAAAGUGAAUUACCUUGUGAAUUGUCAAAUCCUUGUCAAAAUGGAGGAACAUGCCAACCUUCCGGUCUUACAUAUACCUGCGCAUGCGUCAGCGGAUACAGUGACACAAAUUGCACUUGGUCAGAUCCGUGCACUCUGGCCCAACCUUGCACGAAUGGCGGCACGUGCAGUAACACGGCUAGCGGUGUAUAUUCUUGCAGUUGUGUGGCGGGAUACUAUGGAAACGACUGUCAAAACACAAAUCCUUGUUUACUGUCAAGUCCCUGUCUGAACAGUGCCACAUGUUCUAACCCAUCGUCCGGAAAUUAUUCAUGCUCAUGCUCUACCGGAUACAGUGGAACUUCAUGCGAAACAGAAGUACCCUGUGUUCUCACAAAUCCUUGUGAGAAUGGUGGCAGUUGUCAGGCAGUUGGCUCUUCGUACCAAUGCACGUGUGCUACUGGCUAUAGCAGUGAUAACUGCACCUACGCCAACCCAUGUCAGAUCAGUGCUCCAUGUCAAAAUGGCGCAUCUUGCAGUAAUCCAUCAUCUGGGUCUUACAGUUGUACUUGUGUAAUCGGUUAUUUUGGCACUAACUGUGAGAAUAAACGGUCAUGUAUAUUCCCGUUAGCCUGGGAUAAUAAAUGGUGGGACAGUCAACAUGACAAUGACGUCACAUUCACGUUCACAAGUUCUCAAAUAUCUGGUUGGUCAGUUGCUUUGACGUCGGCAACUAUCACAUCAUGGUCAUGUGUCAUCGAAGACACCACACAGAAUAUCUUCAUUUUCAAAAGUGACGUCAAUGUGACAGUUUCUGGUAACACCUACAGUGCCUACCUGUGUAUGAAGUGGACUAAACUGACAGACUAUUCCUACUACUACUAUCUACAUACAGAUACAAACUCAAACGCAAACGCUUUCCGAGUAUUUUUGGAGGAUUCAGCUACCGCACAAGGUGAUGUCACAACCUACUGUGUGGCAUCCUCUCCUCCCAACACCGAAGAGUUCCACAUGCUUGUGAAACAAGGAUAUGAAACCAGUUCAAAGCAAACAUGUGCUUCACCAUUUCUCGGUACUUUUACCUAUCAGUAUAGUGAUGGGAGUAGCACCUCCUGUGGAACCGGAAGUGAAUGGGAUGUCUGCUCGGACACAUCUAUCAUGACAUUUAACUACAGCAAAUGUUCCACCAAAGUGGCCUUUACACAGGAAGGACAGGUGUACUGUGUUAAUACAUUAACAUUCAAUGAUGUAUACUACCAAUCUACUAUCAACCUUGGCACUAUAGACAACACUAACUUCUUUCGAUUCUCAUGUUUCGCUGUGACGUCGCAGGGAUCUGACGUCCAGACUAGUGUUCAGCAUGGCAGCUGUGAUCGAAAUCAAAUUGCGACGUCGGUUCCUUCAGGUGGAGCUACAGCUACGCUUACAGCUGAAGUUACAUGCCUUCAAUCAGCGGGAAGCUCAACUUCUGGAAGUGACACAAGUGUCGCUCUUGGCUCCAUUGUCGGGGCCGCAAUUGGCGCUCUGUUCCUAUUCGCCUUGUUAGCCACAGUUGCCAUUCUGUGUAAGAAGAUCCAGGACCGGAAACGAAAUAAACAAGUUGACACUACAGAUAACUUGGCGCAGAAAUUACCAACACCAAAAGCCCCUACAGCGACACACAAUGUAUUUUUUGGCAAGUUACCAAAGAAGACAUCAUUACCUCCACUGUCAGGUAACGUCUCGUCCCUGCCUGCCCUGCCAGGAAAUCUUCCAUCAAUCACUCCAGCACUCCCAUCCUCAGCAUUAACGCCAGAGACUUCAACACACAUGACGUCAAUGUCUACGUCACAAAAGCCGUCAACACAGACCCUUUCUCCUUUGACGUCACCAACGACACAAUCCACUCCAACGUCACCUGAUGUCACUCGUCCCCAAAUGAUAACUGAUCUCACAUGCACUGACAUAGCAUUUUCUGAUACUAACUGA